AUGCGCAUUGUUCCAUAUAAAGGAUUUUACCCUAGCAAUGCAUUACCCUAUUAUCCAGGAGAGCGAGAUAAGGAACUGGCAAAUUUUCGAAAUCAAACCGAGGAGCUAAAAGCCCAUUAUUUGCAGCAAGUUGCUGUUCUUCAUAGUCAUGAAGAUCCUAAUAGCAGUGAUGAAAAUUUAGAUGGUCACGGAAAAGGAAAAGGAAAAGGAAAAGGAAAAGGCAGUAAGAGGAAAACAAGUUUAGGUUACCUAAAUAGCAUCUACGACUACUUAGAUUCAGCGGAUGUCAGUUAUGAGAGCAGUGGUAUUGAUGAUUCAGAAUCUGGAGAUAGUAGUAGUAAAAACUAUGCCCAUCAUAGUUAUCAUUCAGAUAAUAGCAUAGAAGAAUAUGACACAGAAGAUCAUUACGGGGGUUAUCAUAAUGAGAAUUACAAAUAUGAUGAUUCAAGGGCAAAAGAUACCAAACCUGGAUCGUUAGCAAUUGGAAGUAUUAAUACACAAAAUUCUGGUACAGAAGGUGCAUAUGCUUUACCAAAUUAUGGUGAAGAGGGCGGUAUGGAAGAAAGUAAAGAUAGUGGAAUUGAGAGUCAUAUUCAUCCAGGUGACAUAUAUGUGGGCUUCAGCAAUCGCAGAAUAUCGUUGACAAAUAAGCAAAGAAAGAGGCAAUAA